CUCUACCUUCAUUCGUGUUUAUUCGCGCAUCAUUCAUGCGCGCGAAUUCAACGUCGUCUUCGGGGGAAGAAUCUGCGCGUGCGCGGUGGCGCUGGCGUCGCUAGGAAGAUUCCUUAGCGCGGCUCGUCGUUUGGGAACACUGUGGCGGUCGCGCGAGUCGCAGUAGUCAAACAAUGAUCGAGUCGGUAGGUCGUGUGGGUCGCGUUUGAAGGAGAGAGAGAGAGAGAAAGAACUCUCAAAACCCGGUGUUGUGUACAUUCUCCUCAACGAUAAUUGCUCGCGUAAUGAAGUUGACGGUGCGCAGCGGGUUCGUGUAACGCGAUCGUCGUGUUCGAUAUAGCGCGUCGUGUCUCCGCCGUUAUAACGUUUGUUUUCCGCGGCAGAGAGGAAGGAUGGCGGUGGAACCUCGUGUGACCGGGAACGCGAAGCCCCUGGUGCCGCUGUUCACGAAGGCUUCCGACUGCGUCAACACCAGCUGCUACUGCGAGGAGAACGUGUGGAAGCUGUGUCAGGAUGUGGCGACUAGACAUCCGUCGGAGCUGCAACACUGUCACGUAUGUUUCGUGAGCAACCCCCGACGAAGCGUGCCCCUUUGGCGUCAGCGCGCGGGAAAGGACGAGGACAAACUGGUCGUGUGGGACUAUCACGCUAUACUCAUCUACGCGCCCGACGAGAGAGCGGUGGUGUACGAUUUGGAGAGCUCCCUGCCGUUUCCCACGCAUUUCUGGAAAUACGCGACCGAAACCUUCAGGUCGGACGAGGCACUGCGACCUGAAUACCAUAGGAGGUUCCGCCUGGUGCCCGCUAGCGUCUACCUGCAACAGUUCGCGUCCAGUCGGCAUCACAUGAAGCGCAAGGACGGCACAUGGAUCAAGACGCCACCGGAUUAUCCGCCGAUCUCGACACCGACAUGCAAGGAUAAUCUCGACUCGUUCAUCAAUAUGGAACCAGGCACCGGACUAGGCGUUGUAAUGAGUCUGAAGCAAUUAGUCAAUCGGUUUUAUAGGCCAAAUGUCAACACGCAGGCACCGACGCCGCCUCAGCCGCAGGCCACAGCGACUUAAUUUUCACGUGUUGACGUAUACAUACGCACGCGCUUCGAUUUAAAAAGCUCUUUGGGAAAUCAAUGUGCAUGGCCUAAGGGAAUUCAGUUUGGUGUGCACGCGCGCACCUAAACGUGGGCUAAAACAAAAAAAAAAAAAAAUAUAUAAUAUUCGAUCGAAAUUUGAUAAUAAAGUUAGUUAAAUCGCUGUCGACUCUACGGCGGAAUUUCGAGUUUUAAAUAAAAAAAACACAAAAAUCGUUGCAAUUGUAUUUUCACGUCGGAGCGAUUGACAGUUCCGCUCGAACAGAGAGCUGGAACCGAGAGCUGAUUUUCUAGAAAGAAAAUUUUAAAUGCGUUAUCGCGUUGUGAUGUUUCUGUUAGAGGUUGGUCACAUCGUGAAUUGAUAUUUUAAGAUCUCUGAGUUUCGUGUUCACACUUUUCUCAACUACUUUCUUUAUUUUGCUAUUCCGUAAUUUGUAAAGAAAUGAAUUUAAAAAAAAAAUAAUAAUAAUAACAUUUGAGUAAGAACCGACGAUGAACGAACAAGCAAAGAAUGUCGCGAUGCACAAAUGUUAAAUAAUUUGUACGUUUCUCGCGAACAAUUUAUAUAUACACACAUCCCGGUUCCAGAGAUAAAAAGCUUUUGCGAAAAAAAAACCUCAUAAUUUACUCACAAAUCAAAAACCUACGUAAUAUCGAUAAACAAGAAAACACUCGCACUUUUUCGCAACGUUGUGUAAUAAAAAUUAUACGAGAUUGAAUGUUUUCACUCUCGAAAUCAGAUGGAAAAAUUCAGCUUGUCGCGCACGAAGAACGAUUCUGCUGAGCUGCUUUCUGAAAUACUCUCGAUAAGUGCUUGUACACCGUGUAUAUUAAUGGACUCCAUCGACAAAAGAAAUCCAUUUUCUCUUUUCUUCGCCUCAUUCGCGACAUUUGUAUAUCCGGAGAGAGAAGUGUUCUGACUCUCUCUCUAUCUCUCUCUUUCUCUUUCUCUCUCUUUCUCUCUUUUUUUCUUUCUCCGCGCGCAAAUAUCAUUCGAUCAUGUUCUGAGCUCGAGUCGUGUUUUAUAAUAAGUACUUUCAUCUUUCUAUCUCUCUCUUUCUCUCCUCUCUUUCUCUCUCUUCAUGCCAUAAAGUGAUCUUUCUCACGGCUUUGCUCUGUCUCAGUGGUGUUAUUAUAAUUAUUGUGUCAAAGACUGAUGUAUUUACACACAGAGAGUUAUCCGACUUACAUAGAGAUCCCUUUGUCUAUCGGCGCGUGUGCGAGGCGCGCGCGCAGAGACACAGUUUAAAAAACGCUUGUAAUUACUGUGCGAUCGAUGUAAUAAGGUCAAGAACUUAAAAAUCUCUGCGACGUGUGUAAUGGUAAAAAAAAAAAAAAAAAAAAAAAAUUACUUACGAUUAUUGUAAUUCUUGUGAUACUUUACACUUUCUACUUUUGAAUACCUACCUACGCUAUACUCAAAAAACUGUUUGUACUGUAAAACGUCGAUUCUUAAAAAGAGAUACGUGAUUCGCUUGUUGAGCGGCUUCCCUAUGUAUAAUAAUUGGCGUGUUGCUUUUUGGCCAAAUUGAAUUGAAUGCAAAAAUCGGUUUUACGCGACCAAUUGUUAACAUCGAAGAACCCGCUGACUUCAACGAACAUUACGUUGCUUCUAGUGGUGAUAGGAAUGAGUUUUACAACGAAGAUUUUCAAUUCUUUAUCUCUCCCCCUCUUUGACGAGUGUGAAACCGAAACGUUCGCCAUUGUUUUACGCUCGCUCUCUUAUAUUCUCGUUAAUUUAGUUUUUACCUUCGACAGUAUUAUGAAAAUAAUGACGUCAAUCAAACGUCCUUGUACCUGCGUUGGCUCUUAAUGGCCAUUUCUUCCUUCGUUUUGAUUUGAUUCUAUAACUCGGACCUCCUCUUUUUUAUUCAUCUUUCUAUAAUGUAAAUUAGGGAAAUAAGUGAAUUGUGUUCUAUCAAUUUUACCGCGUUACAAUACACUCCAAUUACCUUCCAUGUAUAUUUUAUGUGUGUAUGUGUGUAAAAGACGUCGAAUAAUUUAUUGAAUUUACUGUGUGUUUGUGUUGUUUUUAUAUUUAAUUAGCAAGUCUUUCUUGUGCGCGGAGCGAUUAAUUCUUUGUGAUUCAAGUGCGUGCGGUUCGAAUUGCGAGUAAACAAACAAUAUAACAUUUAAAUGGUACACGGAGCGGCCUUCGCGUGCCUAUCGGGAGAAGUCAAUUAGUUCGUGUGAGAAAUGGGCGUGAAGUACUCGGAUCUCUGUGAUUGAGCAUGAUGCCGCAACCUUGAUGAACGCAAAGGGUUAAAUCACGCGUAUGUGUGUGUGUGUGUGUAUGUGUGUUACGUUCUACGCACAUUAUCAAAGAUGCGAGGCGACCUUGAACGUGUUGAAGCUUUUGCGCGUCGCGAACUUGCAAGCCUUCACGUAUAUGUUUACAUUAUUGAACGUAACGAUGUAUGUAUGUGUGUGUGUGUGUGUGUAUGCGGAGCGUCGUUUCUUCUUGUACGAUGUCUAUUUUAAAUUAAUUUGAUCGAAAGAACGCAAACGGGGAAGUUUAUCAACAAGCAAUUAAUUAUCGAGCUAUCGACUCGCCGCGAACUGACACGCGGCGAUAUUAUUGCGCAGGUGGAGGAAUCCCCACCGGCCGCGCGGGCCGAUAGAUUUUUAAGAGUUUGUCCACUCUUUGCCUUCCAAAAAAAAAAGUCUCUCACUAGUUCACUCUAAACCUUUCUCAUUGACACACACACAUGUUUACCUCCGAUUCGCAUGUAAUCAUGUUACUAACGAACUGUGUACGUAACUGUAUUGUAAAGCGAAGGAGUCUAAUGCCGUUUCGACGUGUGUUUUAGUCACCGAAAAUCGCUUUAGUAUUAAAAUUCGUAUAUUUACGAAUACAGCAGUCUCUAAGACGGGAAGAGAAGCAGAUUUUCUCUUAGAUGAAAAAAAAGAAAAUGGAGCGCGCGCGCGCAACGCGCGUGGGAAAUUCGGGACCGAUCUAUUUCUUAGCGAAUAAUCUCUCUCGAGGAACCUUAUCAAAAACUAAAAAAAAAAAAAA